CUUUAACUCACAUUCCAACGUCUGCUAAAUUGCUGUGGUUUUUGCGAUCGCCCCCCUCAUCAUGGCGACUUUGCAGGGUUCCGGCGUUCCCAAACUCAAGGUUGAGUCAGUCGACCAAACGAUCAAGCCAGAACCCAUGGACGAAGACGACUCUCCACCUUACAUGGACGUCGACGAUGAAGAUGGGUAUGAAGAGGACAUCGGCGACUUGGAUUUCUCACGUGUCCAACAACCGCUAUGGCUCGGUCAUGUUUCACGGUCACUGUGGGCAGCUUUAGACGAUUUCAAGGACGACGCCGAGAUUGAAAUUGGCACCAUCAGAAUCGAAGGCGCGGAGAACAAUCCUUCGAGGGUCAGCUUAUUACUUAACGGACUUUCUCAGUUCCAAAAAGAACCCAAAGAAUAUAUCCUCUCAACCCCUCCCGUGGAGAAGGUUCGGUCUCGACGCCCCGGCCAGUCCAUGGUUUUCUCUGAGAAAGACCUGCCUGGUUUUAAGCCGCGAAAUAUUGGAGGGCCUGGAAAGGUCGACUCGGAUGGGACACCAUUCCAGGGUCGCUCCAAUCUUUACGACAGCCACAAACGCGAACUGCGGAAGAAGGAAAACAAAGGUCGUUUUGUACCAUAUGCGCGACGCCCGAUUCCCAAACAGACGGCUAUCACAGGCACGGUGACCAAAGAGUAUGAGUUGACACCAGUCAAGAAUGAGGAGUAUUUCGCCCUCGAAGCCAGACGGGCAGCAGAGAUGCUCAAGGUGGCCGAGAAGGACACUUCGGUCUUUGCUACUGGCGACGAAGAUCCAUCCAAGAAACACAUUCCAUUCAUGAGUUCAGCAGACAAGGCUAGUGCAAUGAGGAAUGCACAAGCUCGCCGACAAGCUCAAAAGGAAACGCGGGCCGCGCGUAUCGACAAACCAAUCCUCAUCGACAAAUUACUCGAUCUGUUCCGUCAACACCGAAUCUGGGGUCUUCGGGACCUCAAAUCAAGAGUCAACCAACCCGAGGCGUAUCUUCGCGAAGUUCUAUCAGAAAUAGCCUUUAUGUGGAAAGCAGGCGACUUCAACGGCAAAUGGGAAUUGAAACCGGAAUUCAAGAAUGACUCGUUGUUACAAAACCCAGCAGGCGGUCAAGUCGCACCCAAGGCCGAAGACUCGGACAUGGAUCGCUCGGGAGUGGAUGAGGGAGAUGAUGAUGAGGAUGAGAUUUUGGAAGACGUGGAACCUUAGAAAGCACCUAUCGAUUCUCACGAUUCUAUCGAGAGCUCAGUGCUCUCUCGUUCUCUUCCUUGACCCUAAACUGGGUUUGGCCGGAUGGUUUAUCCAUGUGUGUCCAAAAAAGAUCUGCAAGCAGGUUACGGUUGUUGUGCAUUUGCAACAAGCAUCAUUGGCAUGAUUUGGCGCGGAUAUUGGCAUCAGCGGGCGUUUACUAUCAGGUUCCAUGGAUUUACGAUAGUCGGGAGAAGGUGAUAUCCGGAGAAUCACUUUUGGGAACCACAAGGACUGGAUACAUGACUUUGUACGAUACCCAGGCGGGAAAAGGUCUUUGAAACGGCCGAGAAAGGGAGAUAGUGACAUUGGAGCCGUGAAGCCAUGACAUUGUUGUUGAUGUCGUUCUGGUAGAAAGACGCAGUGCAUCCAUACUCAUCAUAUGUAUGUUAUGUAUGUAUGUACUGUUUGGCGAUCACUGCCCACCAAUAAUACAUCAUCAAAUCCCC